UAAAGGGGAGUGGUGCGGGAGUGGAAAAGGAGUAGUAGAAGUAGUGGGGAGUAGAUGACUGAUGCGGGGAACUGGGGAGUGGAUUAGGGGGCUUUAAUUGCGGAAGUGGGGAAGAAGGGGGAGUAGUGGAGUGGUGAGAGAGAGAGAGAGAGAGAGAGAGAGAGAGAGAGAGAGAGAGAGAGAGAGAGAGAGAGAGAGAGAGAGAGAGAGAGAGAGAGAGAGAGAGAGAGAGAGAGAGAGAGAGAGAGAGAGAGAGAGAGAGAGAGAGAGACAUAUUUUUAAACAUUUCUGCGCCCAAGAACACGUAAUUUACUAGUCUUUCGUGGGAGUUUAGGGCCUUUCCUGGGGUACUUUUAUGACCCUGGUGGUAGUCUGAGCCUUCUUCUGUACCGUGAACCUAAAAGAACAUUCAUUAGAACUCGAUUAACCUCCUUUUUGGCCUUUGGAAAUAGUUGGUGUGUGGGAGCAUCUGACAAUACCAACCAGAGAGAGAUUAAAACAACUAUAGUAAGCUAACCGGAAAUAAAUCUAAAAUGAGAACCGACAAUCUUUAUAUAAAAAGGAGGAGGAGGAGGAGGAGGAGGCGACAAGGACAGAAGAGGGGAAGGAAGGGGACGGAGAUGGACGGGUUAGAGGGGAAGGGAAGGCGAGGGGAUGAAGGGGUGAGGGAAGGGGACAGCCAAGAGGAAGGGAAGGCAGUGUCUCAUCACCACCCGCCACCCGAGGACCAGCUAACACAUCACCACCCACCACCUUCACCACCACCUUCACCACCACCACCACCUUCACCUCCACCCCCCAGAAAAAGAGGAAGUGAGAGUGACCGACAGUGACACUCUCUUUACAGGAGGCGCUGCCUCUGCCCAGCGGCAUGGGCGGGGCGGAGACGCACGCCGAGUGUGGCCAGACGCCGUGCCGCCCCCCAAAACGCCGGCAGGAGGUGGUUCCCAAGGAGACACAGCAAAUCCAGGACUUCCCUGUCACCGAGCACUCUUCCCGUGACGCCGGCAGGUUCUUGGUGGCAAAGCGGCCGGUCUCGGCAGGGGAGCUGCUCCUCUGCGAUACUCCGGUGGUCCUGGGUCCGCGCGCCGCUUGUCAUCUCGUCUGUCUGGGCUGCCACGAGCUGAUCCGUGAUGAAUCUGUGCCACGAUGCCCGCGGUGCUGGUGGCCUCUGUGCUCGCAGCGCUGUGCUUCCAGCAGCUGCCACGCCGGCGAAUGUCCCGUGCUGGCCGCCGACACACAGAGGACCGGCCAGCCACAGCUCUUCGGCUACAGUUCGCGGUACGACGUGAUCCUGGUGGUGCGGUGCCUCCUGCUGCGCCGGACCAACCCCGCCGCGUGGCGCAGCCUGCUGGACCUGGCCAGCCACGUGCCCAACCGCCUGCUGGAGGACGACGAGGACCACAGGAACACUGUGAACUACGUGACUCAGGUCCUGCGCGUGGAGGAGGACGCCAAGGUGGUGCACCACGUGCGGGACGCCAUCGCCACCAACGUGUAUGAGUGGAACAGUCCCUCCGGCGUGAGUCUGCGGGGCCUGUACCUACAGAUGGCACGCAUCAACCACUCCUGCCGCCCCUCCGUCUCCGUAUCGUCUGAUAGCUCGGCCACCAUGUUCGUCCGCGCGGCCUUCGGGCUGGCGUGCGGCGAGGCUCUCACGGUGCCCUACACGGCCACCAUCCACCCGCUGUGGGAGCGCCGCGCCUACACCACGCAGGUGCAUUACUUCUCCUGCGACUGUGUGCGGUGCAGCGACCCCGCUGAGCUGGGCCUCCACUACUCGUCGCCGCAGUGCCAGGAGUGUCGCGGCCAGUUCCUGGAGCCCACCACCUGGCUGGAGAAGGCCACUUGGGAGUGCCCGAUGUGCGGCGCGCGCCAGGAGGAGGCCGUCAUCAGGGACGAGGUGGACCGCUGGAUGAGCCGCUUCGACUACGACGACACGUUCAUCAGCAGCUCCCCGACAGCCGUGCGCGGCAUCCUGAGUGGCGUGGAGAUGGCCUUCCACGCGCGGCACUACGUCUGGGUCAUGGCGGCACAGGUGGCCCUCAGGACGAUCAAGCCGGACCAUUCCCGCAAGGCGCUGCUCCUGAAGAAGGAGCUGUGGCUCAAGCUGCUCAGGAUCUACGACGUGCUGGAGCCGGGCAUGACCAGGAGGCGAGGGGUGACACUCUACCACCUGGGGGUCACCGGGGUGGAGCUGACGCGGGCUGAGUGGAAUAACGAGAUGCUGACGGACCACUUCUUCAGGGAGGAGCUGCGCAAGGCUCUCCGGCACCUGCAGGAGGCGGCGGAGAUCAUGGGCCUGGAGCCGCCGGGAUCACACGAACGGGAAUGGCUCAGGAAGAUCCAAGUGGCUGUGAAUGGGGUGGCGGGGGACCUGGGGGAGGCGGCACCUGUCUACUUCCGUCUCUCUUCGGAGGAGCAAAGCGGCGAGGCGUUAGGGCAGGGCAGGAACGGCCACGUCACCCCAUGAAUGCCCGUCUCCCCUUCAGGCCAAACGUUUUCUCUGAGCCGUGGGUGACGCUGUGUUCUAUUUUCCGGGGAGGGAAGCUGAACUGACUGUACCUCAUUCACCUGCGACUAUUGAGUGGAUUGUUCUACGUUUAUGAAUGGAGGGAAAAACUGUUGGAUGAUGUGGAAGUGUGUACUCCAUCACCUCCCUCUCUCCCGGCCUCCCCGCCCCUCCACCUCUCCCUCCGUCCUCACGCCGCAGCCGAGGGAGACCUGCCCAACACUCUCUGCAUGGCUCUCUAUUUAUACAACUGAUGACGUCACGCUUGCACCCUUGCGAUUGGUGGCGACAUCCACCAAUCACCCCAAUCAUUCUGCGUGUAACCAGAGAGGGGGGAAGGGGAUUAAAACGAGCUAUUCUUGCCCGCCGCCUAGGAACACUACACGGAGCUGGCGCCGCAGCCUUAUCGCAGGGAAAACAGAUGCCCGCACUCAAAGAACGUAAGAUAUAAAAGCUUGGCUCCUCGGGGCACGGUGACUGAAUAAAUCUGAUUCGGAACAA